ACUCGCGCAUAUAUAAGGACCGCGACGACCGACGUUGGCAUCACACCACAUCCCGAGUACACAUCGACGACCACAGGUUGAAGUUUGCAGAUCAGUCGUAGACAACCCAAGAAGAAAUCACCAAAACAAAAAUGGCAUCUUUCAAGUAUCUGAUAUUCGUCGCCUUGGUCGCCCUCAGCGUGUACUCUGCUGUCGCCGAAGAAGCACCAAAAGCCGAAGAACAAGUUGGCGCUGAAGCCGCCAGAGUGAAGAAACACGCUUACAUCGCUGCCCCAGCUUUGGCCUACUCCUCUCCAGUCUACCCGUACGCGUACUCAGCUUACCCAUCGGCUUACCCAUACUCGUACUCGUACCCAGCCGCAUACCCGACCGCUUACGCCUCUUACCCGAGCUACGCUUACGCUCACGAUGAUGGCAAGUACUGGCCAGGCAAAUACGAAGCAAAGGCAUACUACCCAGCUUACAAGUCUGCCUACCCCGCGGUUUACCACUACUGAACAAGCUCUCCUGACAACGCCUUCCAAGUCUUCCGGAAACACCCGUAGUUUUUAAGAUAAAUUUAUAACAAUUUUUUAACAAUAAAAAUGUGAUCUUUUUUUUUCAACAAA